ACGGCAUUCCAAUGACAGGACGCCUCAACGUUGGCCGCUCUCAGUAUAUGCUCGACGACUCGCCCAUGUAGUCACCAGCCGUAAGUUUACUGACGCGCAGACUGCAGCGGAAAGUGGAUGCUGCUGAGCACAAGAAACACUCCAGCCGGUUCUUCAUCCCUUCAUCGCCCUUCUGGCAGCGAUGUCGUCCUUGGGGACAAUCGCACUGCUGGCUCUGGCCUCAUUCCAGUUGUUCCUCUUUCCUGCGUCGGCGCGUUCCUUCUGGAGACCUCACAAACACCACCAUGAGCCUCCCAACGCAUUCAAGACCGCAGAUUUUGGCUAUGGAUCAGUUUGCCGCGGCGGUAAGGGACGUAAAUCAAGACCCCAUGUUGAAAUGUCUGACAGCGACUCGAAUCGACCUCAACCUUGAAGUCCCGUCAGCGACCUUCCUGUGGUCAUUCAACAGAAAUGACAGCGCUACAAGAAAGAACGCCACGCUCCAUUUCACAAAAGGGCCAUCAAUCGACACUGCCAACAUAGUGGUGGACAAUGACACCGCUCAUCCGGAUGUUGUUCGCUACCUCUACGCCGACCACGCUGUGACGUGCGCCAUCAUGGAACUGCGCUACUUUGGCUAUCAAUGUACGCUCUGGGUUCGCAACACGACCAAGCACUCUGUUUCGAAGAAAUGCUUUAAGGCGCACGCCAAGCUCUGCGCAAAUGGUGUUUCGCUGUAUGACAAAAAUACCUGCGGAGACUUUUAAGCGUUGAGAAAUAAUGAAAAAGAUCGAAAAAAAACAUCGUACCCAGGUUCGAAACAUCAGCAGCGUGAGAAUCAAGUCCGAAGUAAACAAAAAUGUAUCAAAUGUGCGGACGGAUCGUCGUCCUUUUCCAUUUUGCUGCUCAUGUGAGCAGGACUGCGGAACUGAGAAAAAUA